AUGCGUAUAAACAACACUUUCUCUGCUGGUUUGCCUAUUGUUCAUUCGAAUGCAGAGUUUUCAGCUUUAGUAAACUCAAACACUUUGGCAAACAUAAACUUAACGUUAGUUGACGCAAACUUUGUUCCUGUAAAACUUUUAUGUCCUAUGUAUUUGUCAAUGACGGCAGAAAGUUUCGAAUUGGAAGAUGCAACUGGUGAAAGUAUUGUAUUACAAGAACAACUUCAACAACAAAUAGCUCAAGAACAACAAAUGCAACAAAUGGAACAAAUGCAACAACAAAGUCAAGAACAACAAAGUCAAGAAUAA